UGCUUAUUCACGUGUGUUACCGAAAGAGAGACAGUAAGUAAAUAAAUAUAUAAAUAGGCUCAUUUCAGAAUUGGGAAAGAAACACAACACAGACACGCUGAGAUUUUCGAAACCCUAAAAUUCUCUAUGGACGAACAAGAACAAGAAGCAAAACCUACUGCUCCUCCUCCGCCUCAGCCAUCAACGGUUGCUAGAGAUGAUGCCGCUGCAACUCCACCACCUGAACGUGCAAAGUCAACAUCAACUCCACUUCGAUUUGAUCCCAGCCGAAUGAUUGGUAUUAUCAGAAGGAAGGCCAUGAUAAAAGACCUAGCUGCAGUAUACCAUGCUGAAUGUUUAGCAUACGCUCGAGAACUUCUGGAACUUCAAAGAAAGUGGGAAGAGUCAUAUGCAGAUGGCAAACCUCCAGAAGACUUCCGGAAGGAGAUGAUACGACAGCCCAAACGUUUGAAGAAAACUCGUUGAGAAAUUUAUCCACUUGUGUUACAUACAUCUCAAGUUUAUGCUACCUCAACACCAUUAUUCUCUUUUGAAGCAUGGAAAGUAGUUUCUAUAGUUAUAUGUAUGCGGAUUUUUUGGAGGAUCCAGAUCAAACAUGUAUUCAGGAAGUUGAUAUUCAUAAGACUUGAUUGUAAAGAGACACGAAGUUCAGCAGUACACAAUUCUGUUUUAGAUAUGGGUACCAUAUCCCUAAUAUUCAUAUGUUUGGGCAAAAACCGGAGUAUCUGCCAUGUUUAAGAUAUUCGUACAACUGGUAUUAGUUCGUGUGAAGGUUGUAUAGUCCUAUUAAAAUGUCCUGCUAAUCCCCUUUCCUUGCAUCUCUUCUUAUUCUGAAGGUUUGAAUUUCUCUUGUAAUCUAAACAUUUGGUGGCCCCUUUUAAUACUUAUUGACUUUAUUUCAUUUGGUGGCCCCUUCAAGAAUCUAGUGUUCUUGAAGUAUAUGGAUCAGCACUCACUUUUGUU